GGAGCCACCACAAUGCCCGUCGGCGCCUUUUUAUCCCCGCAAUGAAUCCUUACAAUGAAACCAGAAGCGCCGAACCUUACCUUUUUGCUUUUGCCACCUACAAACUUCUCGCCUUCGCCAUCGGAACCAUUGGCGUCUUUGGCUUCUGCAACAACGUUCUUGUCAUUCUACUUUACUGCAAAUUCAAGAGACUUCGGACACCGACCAAUUUGUUACUCGUCAACAUAAGUUUGAGUGAUUUGCUGGUUUCUGUCGUCGGGAUAAACUUCACAUUUGUUUCGUGCGUCAAAGGUGGCUGGAUCUGGAGCCAAGCAACAUGCGUGUGGGACGGCUUCAGUAACAGUUUAUUCGGCAUCGUAUCGAUCAUGACGCUGGCGGCGCUGGCCUAUGAGCGCUACAUCCGGGUGGUGCAUGCCCAGGUGGUGGACUUUCCCUGGGUGUGGCGGGCCAUUGCUCACAUCUGGCUUUACUCCCUGGCUUGGACUGGGGCUCCACUCCUGGGCUGGAACCGCUACACACUGGAGAUCCACCGGCUGGGAUGCUCCUUGGACUGGGCAUCGAGGGACCCAAAUGAUGCCUCAUUCAUCCUCCUCUUCCUCUUCGCUUGUUUCUUCGUACCUGUUGGCAUCAUGAUCUACUGCUAUGGGAACAUCCUCUACACGGUACAAAUGCUGCGCUCCAUACAGGAUUUACAGACGGUCCAGAUUAUCAAGAUCCUAAGAUACGAGAAGAAGGUAGCCGCAAUGUUUCUUCUCAUGAUCUUCUGCUUCCUGGUGUGCUGGACGCCCUAUGCUGUCGUGUCGAUGAUGGUGGCUUUCGGCAGGAAGAGCAUGGUCUCGCCCGCUGUGGCCAUCAUCCCCUCAUUCUUUGCUAAAUCCAGCACAGCCUACAACCCCCUCAUCUAUGUAUUCAUGAGCAUAAAGUUCCGACGCUGUUUGCUGCAGCUGCUGUGUUCAAGGUUGUCUUGGCUGGAGAACAGCUUCAAAGAGCGCCCCCUGGCUCCGGUGGAACGCCCCAUCAGGCCCAUCGUUGUUUCAACUUCAUGCGGCGGCAGAAAGAGACCCAAAAAGAGGGUGACCUUCAGCUCCUCCUCCAUUGUCUUCAUCAUUACUAGUGAUGAUUUCCGCCGCUUCGAUGUGACUUCCAAUGCAGAGUCCUCUGCUAAUGUCAUUCAAUUGAGGCCACUGUGA